AUGAUUACUAGUGUCCGCCCCUCGUCGGCCACGCUGACCACCACAGAACCUGCCGAGGAAUGUACCGUUUGUCCUUCUGACUUCUCUUUGAGAAAACUGAGAAUUGUCUCUGGGGCAACCGAACAAGAUGGUCCGGCUAUUCCCAAAGGUACCAAUUCCUUUGACCAACGACGGAGUAUGGCUGCUAGUAUCGACGAAGAAAAACUCGUCGUCGAGUUUUGCAGCAGCACUGUCGAUGGUGGAAGCAGCUGA